ACUUUCCCUCGACAUCGCCCUCGUCGACUCUUAUUUCCUCACCGGUUAAGGCCAGCCCUUUGCCGUCUUUCUUGUUUAUCCUCUCUUACCUCUUGUUGUUCUUGCCUGCGGCGGAACGUACUGUCCUUAAGGAAAUCUUCCUGUGAAAACUCGAGCAACCCUUCACUUGCACUUUUGCUGAGCCAAGUCAAUCGAUCCGACUCUUGUUACUCCGUCGCAAAGAAAAGUUAUAUAACUCUUCAUUUGUGGCCCUUCGAUCAAACAUAAUUUGAACAUUCGCCAGCUGGUCUAGCGUUUCUCAGCAUACCCACACGCUCAAAUUUCACAACACACUCUCUACAACUUUUCAACAUGUACAUUUCCGCAGCCUUUGUUGCAGCCGCCAUGAGCUUGGCUAGCUCUGCCAAUGCCCACGUUGUCAUGCAAUCCCCCACGCCUUACUCUGGAGGAGGUCUUGUCCAGGUCAACCCUCUGGAUGGCACGACCUACCAGUUCCCUUGCCAGGGUGGCACCGACGCCGCCUACUACGAGAAUAGCAAGGCCACCGACAUGACGGCUGGUGACGCCACCGACCUUAAGUUCACUGGUAGCGCCGUCCACGGCGGUGGUUCCUGCCAGCUUUCCGUCACCUACGAGAACCCCCCGCCCAAGGACCGCAACAAGUGGAAGGUUAUCCACUCGAUGGAGGGUGGCUGCCCGGCCGAUGCCGCGGGCAACAUUGAGACCCAAGGCACGGACACCGAUGGCCGCGAAACCGGCAAGCAGUGCACUAGCAACGACGAGAAGGAAUGCUUGAAGCAGUACAAGAUCACGAUCCCCAAGGAGCUCAAGAGCGGCAAGGCGACGUUCGCCUGGACCUGGGUGAACAAGUAUGCGGGUAAGAAUGAGUUCUACAUGAACUGCGCGCCCAUCAACAUCCAGGGCGGCAGCGACAGCGACGACUAUUUCAACUCGCUGCCUAGCCUUUUCGUUGCCAACAUUCCCGGCGAGUGCCAAACUAAGCUGGGAAGCGCCAUUGCUUACCCCAACCCCGGCACCAGCGUCGAAAAGGAUGGCGACUCAGACUCCGCCGCCCUCGGUUCCUGCGCUACUGAGACCGGCGGCGCCGGCUCCCCCGUCGCUUCCGCCACCGCUGGCUCCGGCUCGCAGGAGAGCUCUGCCCCGGCUGCCUCUGCUACCUCCGCUGCCUCCCAGCCUACGUCGGCGGCGUCCAACACUGGCGGCGUCUUCGCGCCCAGUGCCGCCUCGCCCACCUACACUGCGACCUCGAUGGCCACGGUCGUCGUCUCGACGUCUGCGCCCGCCGCCACUAGCGCCUCGUCUUCGUCUUCGUCUUCCAGCGGCAGCAGCUCCGGCAGUAGUUCCGACGUCGACUGCUCAGAGGACGGCGCCCUUGUCUGCAUUGGCACCUCGCAGUUCGGCAUCUGCAACCGUGGCAAGGCCACCCCGCAGGCCGUCGCCGCCGGCACGACGUGCACCAACGGCAAGAUUGUCACCUCCAACUAGAAGCGUGAGGCCAAUCAGCCGCGCCGCGCGGCUUUCGCGGUCACCCACGACGAGUAAACAGUUGCUGCGCUCGUGGAUGCUUGGUAACGAUGGU